GAUGGCGGGGCGACGGUGGCGGAGCGGAGCGGGCAGCCCCGAGCGCGCCGCUGCCGAGCGGGCCCCGAGGAUCUACACGAGGACGGGAGACUCAGGAUUCUCCAGCACCUUCACCGGGGAGCGGCGGCCCAAGGGCGACCGGAUCUUCGAGGCCCUCGGAGCCACGGAUGAGCUGAGCUCGGCCAUAGGGCUGGCCGGUGAGUUUAGCAGUGAAAAGGGUCACACGUUUGUUGAUCAACUUCAUAAAGUGCAGUGCAUGCUGCAGGAUGUGGGCUCCAACAUUGCCACGCCACUCUCCUCAGCCAGGGAGGCUCACCUCAAACGAACAUCAUUCAGCGAGAAGCCCAUCCUGGAGCUGGAGCAGUGGAUUGACAGCUACUCAGAGCAGCUGCCUCCCCUCAGAGCCUUCAUCCUGCCUUCUGGAGGCAGGAGCAGUGCUGCUCUCCACCUGUCCCGAGCCGUGUGCCGCAGGGCUGAGCGGUGUGUGGUCCCUUUAGUCCAAGCAGGGGAAGCAGAUCCAAACGUGGCCAAGUAUUUAAACAGGCUCAGUGAUUAUCUCUUUGUCCUGGCACGUUAUGCUGCAAUGAAGGAAGGGAAGGAAGAGAAAAUCUACAUAAAACCUGAGCCCUAGCUGGGAGCUGGAAUGUUUUUUAUCUUGAUCAUGGAAAACUAAAUCCAGCUGACUGCUUUUGUCCAUCAAGGAAGGGAGGGAGAACAAGCCUGGACUGGAAAUGGGAGCUGCCAAGGAUUUCCAUGUGAAAUAACCAGGACCUUGUUGAUAAAUCCUGAGAGGAACAGAAUCACAGAAUAUCCUGAGUUGGAAGGGACCCAAACACACCUGUCCUGUUCCCUGGGCCUGGCCCACACAUCCCAUGUGGGGAUGGCUCUGGAGCCACUGCUUCUCCCAGCUGGGAGUUGAGGCAGGAGAAUUCCAUAACACUUUGGAGAUCCUUCAUUUCCCUGGGCAGCAGCAGGUGCUGCGGGAAGGCUCUGACAGGACUCUGAGGAAUGAUGAAGGGAAAACAAUCAGGAAAACCAUCAGCUCCUCCUCUGAAGUCACAGUGCUCGUAUGGAGCAGCAGCUGGAGGCCUUUGGGAAUUGUGUCCAUGGCUCUGAAAUAAAAAAUGUGAAUUUCCUUGUACCAAAGGGCCACAAACUGUCACGUUUUAACAGCGAGCCCUGUGAGCUUUGCUGCUCCAAGUCCCUUCCAAUCCAUCAGCUCUGGCUGGAGCUGAGCUGCACAGAUUUACAGGAAUGCACCAAGAAUUCCUUGGCUUUGCUGCCUCUCAUUGUGCAUGUGAGGAAUUCUCUGAGCUGACAAUCCAGGGCAUCCUCUGCCAGGCACAGCAUGGAGGGGGUGAAGCAGGAAAGGCCAAAUCCCAGGGUCUGUGUGCUGGGGGUGUCUCCACGGGGAGCUGUCCCUUGGAAUGGUGGGACCAGCUGCAGGAGCAGCUGGGGGAGCAGAGCCCAGGGUUUGGGAGCACUGAGGGUGCAGGAAAAGGGGGUUGGGGUGAGGAGCAGCACCCCAAGGGCUCCUGGAAUGUUUCUCCAUGGAACCCUUGGCAGAGCAGGCUGGAGAGAGCUCACAGCCACAUCACACACACAAUUCCAGCUUUGCACUCAUGUCCAAGCUGCUUCCAGCUUGGAAAUACAACUGGGAAGAACCCAUGUGAACCCUGCUGGUGUAAUUUUCCCCCCCUGGGAAUUCUGUGGGCUGCAAGGUGGUGAUGCUCACCUAGAGCUUGUCCUGCUUUUAGUGGGGCAGCUUUUAAAUCCAUCCUGCCCCUUUUCCCAUUCAAUUAUUUGAGUAGAAGCAACCUUAAACUUGUUCUCCAAGGAAUCUCUGGCUCUGUGUCCCUUUUUGGGCAGUGAGGGAUGCCCAGGAAUGAGUGAGGAGUGCCCAGCACUAACAGAUCCCCCGUCUCAUCACUCACCUGGGUUUGAGGCAGAUAUUUCAUGGCUCUUGUUAAUGCACAUUUUUCAUGGAGUAAUUUUCCAAGCCUCAGCCUGGAACACAUCCCAGUGACAAAUGCUCUGGAUUUGGAUGGUCCCAUCAGCUGCAGUGUCACCUCAGCCAUUCCCUCUGCCUGCUCCUGCCAGUUUUAUGAGAGCUCUGGCUCUGGGACUGAACCUCAGGAAUCAAGAGGCUUUUCAAGUUUAAUUUAAUAAAAUCCUUUGCAAUAUAAA